ACAAGCGCAUCGUCGUCGAUCGAUUCCCGUUGCGAGAACUGUCAUCAUGAGUGCACCACAGGCACCAGUCAAAUUACGGAACGGGGUGGUGAAGCAGGUGACAUCAGGAGACACCGUUGUUAUCCGUGGACAACCUAUGGGUGGUCCUCCACCUGAAGUAAUAAUUACUCUGUGUAACAUUACUGCUCCAAAAUUGGAACGUUGGAAAGGAAAUGACAACAUGGAUGAGACCAAAGAUGAACCAUACGCUUGGGAAGCAAGAGAGUUCCUACGUCGAAAGUUGAUUGGUCAAGAUGUCACUUUUGCAACUGAAAAGUCUGUCAAUACUGCCAGAACAUAUGGAACUGUCUGGUUAGGAAAGGACAGGAAUGGUGAGAACGUAAUUGAUACUUUGGUGUCUGAGGGUUUGGUGACUGUUAAGAAGGACAACCGUAAUUCUACGGCUGAACAGCAACGGUUAAUCGAACUGGAGAAUAUGGCAAAAAUUGCGAAGAAAGGAAAGUGGUCGGAUUCGCCGGUUUCCGAACACAUACGGGACAUCAAGUGGACUGUUGAUGAUCCUCGGAAAUUGGUCGAGAAAUUCGGCAAAAAACCAAUCAAAGCAGUAAUUGAGUUCGUCUUCGACGGCUCUACCGUGAAGGCUUUCCUCUUGCCUGAUUUUUACAGCAUAAUUCUGAUGAUCUCGGGUGUUCGCUGUCCUGGCUGGCCGAAUGGUCGUCGUGAGAAUUCUGUGGGCGAUCCUUAUGCGGACGAAGCUAGAUUCUUUGUGGAAUCGCGACUCUUACAUAGGGACGUCGAAAUAGUGCUGGAAUCGGUCAACAAUAACAACUUCAUUGGCAGCGUUAUUCAUCCUAAGGGAAACAUUGCUGAAAUUUUGCUGAGCGAGGGAUUUGCGAAAUGUCAGGAUUGGUCGAUCAGCAACAGUAGAUCUGGCGCGGAAAAGCUGUACCUCGCUGAGAAAACCGCGAAGGAGGCACGUUUACGACUAUGGAAAGAUUACAAACCGUCUGGACCACAGAUCGAGUUUACUGGCACCGUUGUAGAAAUUGUUAAUGCGGAUGCGUUAAUUGUCCGAACUCAGAACGGGGAAAACAAGAAAGUAUUUUUGGGCAGUAUUCGACCGCCGACCCGUGAGAAGAAGAACGAGGACAGCAAUAAUACUACUCGAUCGAAAGAUUUCAGACCGCUUUAUGAUAUACCGUGGAUGUUGGAAGCGCGAGAAUUUUUACGCGAAAAAUUCAUCAGGAAAAACGUAAAAGUAGUAGUCGAUUAUACGCAUUAUUAUCCGGCUAGGGAUAAUUUCCCAGAGAAGUUAUGUUGCACCGUAACUUGCGGCAAAACGAACAUUGCAGAAGCAUUGGUCGGCCGAGGUCUUGCGCGAGUGAUCAAAUAUAGGCAAAAUGACGAUCAGCGUUCCUCUCAGUACAAUUUGCUGCAAGUGGCUGAAAGCAAAGCUGAAAAAUCACAGCAUGGACUGCACGCGAAGAAAGACAUUCCAGUUCACAGAAUAGUGGAUCUCUCGAACGAUCCCUCGAAGGCAAAAGCAUUCUUGACUUCGCUCAAACGAGCGCAGGGAAUCAGAGCGGUCGUCGAGUUUGUGACAAGUGGCUCGCGGCUGAAACUCUAUCUUCCCAAAGAAGACUACAUUAUCGCGUUCGUGCUGGCUGGAAUAAGAACUCCGCGUUGUCAGAGAACAUUGCCCAGCGGUAGUGUGAUCAAAGCCGACGAGUACGGCGAGAAAGCUCUCGCCUUCACUAAGGAGCACUGUUUUCAACGAGAUGUGGAGAUCAAGAUCGAAAACACGGAAACAAAGUUGAGCGGUUUCAUUGGUUGGUUAACGGUGAACGAUGUCAAUAUGUCUGUUGCUCUGGUCGAAGAAGGUCUGGCUGAGGUUGUAAAUUUCCCGGACUCUGGAGAACUGACCAAAACUCUCAAAGCCGCAGAGGAACGUGCAAAAGCUAAAAAGCUUAAUAUUUGGAAGAAUCGCGUGGAAGCGCCAGUAGAAACCGACAAGAUUAUGGACGAAAAGGAGGGACAAGAGCGAAAGAUCGAUUAUCAAAAGGUUGUGAUUUCCGAAGUUACUGACGAUCUUCAUUUCUACGCCCAGUUUGUCGAUCAAGGUAGCUUGUUAGAAAAUAUGCUUCUACAAUUACGCCAGGAAUUAGCCGCUAAUCCACCGCUUCCUGGCGCCUAUAAACCAACCAGAGGAGAUCUAGCGGUUGCGAAAUUCAGCGGUGACGAUCAGUGGUACCGUGUGAAAACGGAAAAGGUUUCCGGUACUAAUGUCAGUGUGUUCUACAUUGAUUACGGCAACAGGGAGACCCUUAAUGUUACGCGAGUUGCCGAUCUACCUGCGCGUUUCGCGACUGAUAAACCAUACGCCCACGAAUAUGCGCUUGCAUGCGUGACUCUUCCGAGCGACACGGAUGACAAGAGAGCAGCGGUGGAUGCAUUUAAAGAAGAUGUUUUGGACAAAAUUCUGCUCCUAAAUAUCGAAUACAAGCUAAGCAGCAAUGUAAUUGCCGUGACGCUGAUGCAUCCCAGUACAAACGAAGAUAUUGGGAAGGGUCUUAUUUCUGACGGAUUCUUGCAUGUUCAAAAGCACCGAGAUAGAAGACUUACUAAAUUGAUCGAGGAAUACAAGAAAGCCGAAGAGGAUGCAAAGCACAAUCAUCGUAAUAUUUGGAUGUACGGAGAUGUAAGGCCAGAAGACGAUGACAAAGAAUUCGGGUUGUAAUUCAUAAUAAAUGCUCAAUAAUUUGGGAUAAGCAUUAUUAAUUAUAGGGGAAAAGAAAAGACAAGAUCGUUAUAAAAAAAAAAAAACAAAAUAAUAAACAACAGAAUGUCUGAAACGAGUCUAUGGCUGCAUUCGGGCAGCGCGCUAUUAGCGCCAUUUGUGUGGUACGUCCUUGUCUCACGUCUAAUGGACGACAAAGAUAAAAUGAAACAAAUAGCGCUAAUAGCGUCUCCCCGAAUCUAGCCUAUGUAUCGUUACAUAGACAAAAAAAAAUGAAUGUCAAUAUGAGAACUACAUGUUGUGUUAGUCUCAAUGCAAUUAAAUAUCUCAGUAUAUAAAAAAAUAAUUGUACAUAUAUAACUAUUUUAAUAAUUUCUGUAAUACAUUGAACAAGGUGCGCAUGCACUCCUUGAACGAGACUAUACAGCCAUUGGCUCUACAUGUAUUCUCAUCGACAUUUGUUAAUUUGGUGCCACAAAUACGAACUGUUUGAAGACCUGAUAUUUUCAAUAUGAUAUGAAAUUUUCAAUGUGCAAUUCAACAGAUACAUCAAUCAUG